AUGUCUGGUAACGAUUUCAAGCCUCGGAGGAAAUGUGAGGGACGCCUUCAGGUCGCCAUCAUUGGAGGCGGCCCGGCCGGCCUUGGGCUUGCAAUCGAGCUGGCAAACCUCCCUUUCGUGGACUGGGAUCUAUAUGAGAAAAAGCCAAUGAUAAGUGAGACAGGAGGAGGCAUCUCAUUGCAGCCAACAGCUUUAAGACUCCUUGAAAACAAUGGUGCAGCUGAGUACAUUACCCCAACGGACAUCUAUCGAUCAAGUGAAGGCAAGCUUGAACAGAGGCGCAAUGGAAGGACUGGGGAGCUGCUGAUGGAGGAGAGUUGUCAGGAAGGUAUACCGCUCAAGUACCAGAGCUGCCGCAUGGCUAGAAGCAAGUUACAAACGGCGCUUCUCACGUCUGUGAACCGGGCUCAUAUACACGUGUCCAAACGCUUGGUGGACAUACAGCAUACUGAAGACAACAGAGUUCGCAUCUUCUUCGAAGAUGGGUUCUCUGAUGAAGUCGACUUGCUUGUUGCUGCGGACGGUCUACGAUCGAUUAUCCGCGAAAAGGCCUUCCCUGAUCAUGUACCCGAGUUCAACGGACAAUCUGCAUAUCGAACCAUAGUCAGCAAAGCAGAAGCCGCAAAGAUCAAGGAACUGCCGUUUGCUCAGGUGUUCUGGGAGCACAUCUCGGGAGCAUGGGUCAUGACUUGCCCGCUUGGCGAUGAUGAUUUUGAGGUGACAGCUCGGAUCCGCCGCACAAGAGAAGGAGAGGAUCCCAAGAGCUGGGGCCGUCCAUUUGACUUGAACGAAUUGCUGAAGGAGUACGAAGACUUCUGUCUCCCUGUUCGCCAGAUCUUACAGCUAGCCGCAAAAGGACAGACGCAGGAGUUCGACAUGUUUUCCAGCCGUCGUCUAGACAGCGUUAUAUCCCAUGGCUGCAUUGCUUUCAUCGGGGAUGCGGCUCACCCAAUGUUGGGAAAUUUUGGUUCCGGCGCCGCGUUUGCUUUGCAAGAUGUUUACACCUUAGCAAAGGUCCUUGAAUCGUCCAUGCAGAGGAGCAUGGCGCUAUCGGACGCCCUCAUCAAGUUCGAUUCAAUUCGCUCUCCCUUUUACCAGCGGCUCUACCGGGUUCUGAAUAAAUUUUCAGAAGUGAAAUCGGUAGCACAGACAGAAGAGGGUUCAAUCGACGAAAGAAUUUCUCGACAUGUGCUGAGGAUGUCGCAGGCUGCAGAGACGUGGAUGAUCUAUUACAGGAUUGACGAAGAAGUGGCCCAGGCUCUCAGUGAGACGGACGUGAAUGCCGUCCAUACCCGGCCGAUAUCCAGGGUGAGACAGUUCUUGGAAGCACUCGGAGUGCUCCGGCGCAGACCGUGUUGA